UACAAAAAGGAAACAUUCAUCGGUAACGGAUACUACGGAUGAAAAGAGCGAUUCCCCACCUGAAAAGCGGAUGACCGAAAAGAGUUAUGACCCUGAAGACUCCACACUUAUAUUUGUUGAUGAGGAGGAUGAAAUGGAUUUUGAAUCUAUGGACUACAAGUCUCUCAGAGCUCUGAUGUCCUGUGAUCAUUCUGUCACUCCGAUGUCUCUCACUGACUAUUGUCGCAGCUUGUUGGAUGAGGGUGAGACCAGAUUUGUGUGUGGUCAACCUGACUGUGGUGCUGUAUGGUCGUAUGAGGAGGUUCGUAAAAUGGCUCUUCUGACUCCUGAAGAAAUGAAGGAGUUUGAAGAGAAAAUGCUCAACAACUCUAAGGAUUUCUUUGAUGUCAAACCAUGUCCUGGCUGCAACUCUUCUGUGGAGAGAGCUGAUCUGAAUAAUCUGAGUGUCCUCUGCUCAGUGUGCACAGCUGAGAAAAAGAAAGACUACAGAUUCUGCUGGCAGUGUUUGAGGGAAUGGAAAGGUCCAACUCCACGUUCAGAUCGCUGUGAUAAUGAUGACUGCAUCAACGAGCCACUUGAAACACUGAGAAAGUGUCCAGAGAUCAUCUUUGAGAAAGUGGAGGGGGUCACUGGAUGUCCCUCCAUACGAGCCUGUCCCACAUGUGGUCUACUGGUGGGACAUGAUAGAACUAUGUGUAAAAACAUUGUCUGUCCUCGGUGUGAUGUGGAGUUCUGCUUUGUGUGUCUAAAGGUCACUGAAGAGUGUUCGGAUACAAGUGACUAUUUUGAACCUUGCUCUGAUGGAGUCGCCCCCAGACAGACCUCCAUACCUGUGUGGCAGUGGAGAUAAUCUUAACACCAGACUGUUUCUGUUGAUUCAACACUGUGGUCUGUGUUAAAUGUGCACAGCUGUGUGUUUUGUUUGAGAGAAAAUGGCAACACAGGCCAUCAUCAUCAUCAUCAUUAUAACUGCUGUUUGUUGGAGGACCUGAAUGAUUUCAAGAUGAUGAAACAUAUAAAACGUAUACUGAAAAUCUGACACAUUUAGCAACACAGACACAGACUUAAAUUACCUGUAUUAUUUGUGAAACUAUAGCCUAUAGUUGUAAAUUGUAAUAUUUUUAUCACAUCUUUAUUUCUACUGUUUAUGUCAGUGUUUGUUGUGGCAAAAUCUGAAUAGUGCAGAAAAAAUAGUUCUUGCAGCACCCGACAGACAGUUAACUAAAGACAAGAAAUUCUGUGUCAAACCUAUUUACAUUAAAUUAAAGAGUAUGGUCUAGCCCUGCUCUAUGUGAAAAGUGCAUUGAGAUUUCUUUUGUUGUGAUUUGGUUUGAUUUUGAUCUUUAUAUAAAUAAAAGUUUGAUU